AAUUACCUGAGAUCAGAGCUGUGCGUUGUCUCUAGCUGAGUGCACCCGAACUCAUGCAUGGUGAGAAGUCACCUACCUGCUGGAAUGGGAAGUGCUUACCUGGAGAAACGAUGACUGAGAAGACUAUUUAUGAGCGUCCGGUUUCUUAGGAUAAAACAGACUUUCUCCACAUAUCGAAUGCAAUAAGCAUGGACACCUUUGUGACACUGGCAGAGGUGUUGGAGGCAAGGGGGGCACCUCUGGAGGAGGACGAAGUGUGGUCCCUCCUCCAAGUCGCCGUGGAGAUGUUACUGAACUCUUCCUGUAAAGGAAACAGCAUGUGUCAUAUCAUCAGUCCCGGGUCCCUCCUGCUGUCUGCCAGUGGCCUCCUCGCUUUUAAGAACUGCGGCCGAACGGAGGACGUCAGCUCUUUCAGUGCCCCUGAGAUGCUACAGGGGCGGGCGUUCACCGGCAGGCUUGUCACAGAGAAGAUUAUGGUAUAUUCCUUGGGAAUGACUCUUUACUGGUCAGUGGAUUAUCAGCUUCCUGAGAACCAGCCUGUGCACCUGAGUGACCAUCUGAACUGCCUCUUACUGAGCAUGUGCGAAGACGUGGCCCACAGACGCGCCAGUCUUCUCUCUGUGCUGGAGACGUGUGAAGUUCAUCACAAAACAGCACUCCUGCCGCCUCCCUACAAAGUCAUCAAACAGCUGGUGGAGGACUUCUUCCGGGACUCUGUGGACCAUGUGUCAGAGAGCAAAGCCCAUCUGACCGAUCGGAGCCAGAUGAUCAGAGAAAGACUGCACGACUGGCCCAUUUCAUUUCCAGGAGGCUCACAUCAGCCAUCAGCUUGGGCACACAAAAUCAAGAGCUCGCCAUCCCACGUGUACCAGUCUGUCUCCAGCAGAAUUCCCCAGGAGAGACAUCACCGUGGCAGCGACUGCAGCUGGCACAGCCCAAGCCCGUUCAUCUCUGGCCACUGUGACCCCCGAUCAUCUCGCCUCUCUGAUUCUUCCACUGUCAGCCUCACCCAAAAAAGAUCAAAGGGACCCGAGUUCAACAGAAGCCUGGAGCCCCAGAUUGUCUUGGAGCUGCCAGGAUCCAUUGUGUCUAAGAAAGGAAAGUCAUAUUCAACUCAAAGAGAGCUCAGUGUGGUCAUGCCAAACGGUCAGCGCAUCCUGGUCAAGUGUGAUGUUAAGUCCAAGAGUGGGGAUGUCUUUGACAUGGUCGUGGCUCAUGCAAACCUGGUCGAGCACUUCUACUUUGGACUUGCUUUCAUCGACGAUGAUGAAUUUUUCUUUCUGGACCAUGACACAAAAAUCUCAAAAGUGGCCCCUGAUUGUUGGAAAAAACAGCCUUCUACGAAUUUCCUUCUUAUCCUCCGAGUAAAGUUUUUCGUGGAUGACAUCGAUUUAAUUUUGCACAGGCUCACCCGUCACCAGUACUAUCUUCAGCUGCGGAAGGACAUCCUGGAGGACAGGGUGCGCUGCGAUGAAGAGACAAGCUUGUUCCUUGCUGCUCUGGCCCUACAAGCUGAAUAUGGGGACUACAUCCCACAAGUGUAUGGGAAGAAUUACUUUCAACCAGAGCAGUAUGUGUCUCGGAGGUUGUUGGAGAAGAUGGCCUUGCCCUGCUUAAAAGAGGAGUUACCCAGACUCCAUGCCCAGUGUUUCCAUAUGCUGCCACAGGAAGCUGAGCUGGAAUUCCUGAAGGUUACCCAGCAGCUACCAGAGUACGGAGUUAUGUUUCACCGUGUUGCCCGGGAGAAAAAAGCUGCUGUGGGGGAGCUGAUCCUCGGAAUAUGUGCCAAAGGAAUCAUUGUGUACGAGGUCAAAAACAACUCCCGGAUCAGCAGUCUCAGACUGCAGUGGAGUGAGACGGACAGCAUUUCCUCUACACGCCGUAAAUUCAGUGUCCAGAAUAGUGUCAGUCGGCGAAGACACACCUUUCUAAUGGAGAGCUCAAAAAUCUCCAAAUAUCUCCUCAAUCUCUGCUGCGCCCAGCACAAGUUUUACAAUGAAAUGAACUCACGACAGCUCAGCCACAGCUUAGCCUCAGAGGAGAGCAUUGUGCUAUACGCAACCAUGUGCAAGCCCCAGCGUGGCCAGGAGAAGGCGCUGUCGUACUCAGAGGUCAUGCUCAAUGGCGGCGGCCCACACCUUUUGGGCACCCCGCCCAGUGACUCCAUGAGCAAGCACUGCGAUGACCUGGCAGCCAGGAUGGAGGCACGCAUCAAACAGCAGAGAGAGGAGAGAGAGCAGAGAGAGGCGAGAGAGACUCGUUUGCAGCAGGAAGACAAGGACAAGCGUCCGGUCUGGAGAGCUCCAGAUCCAAGCCCCCGUAAAGAAUCCACCUCAUCAUUACAGAAGCGAGAUUCGGAGGUUCAUUCUGUGGCUUCAACCUUCAGAGUAGAUACCCCAACAAGAUUUGCCAUGCCCGAGAGAGAAAUUGUCUGUGUUUCCCUGAAGAAGGAUCCUAAACUGGGACUUGGCAUUAUAAUCAUUGGAGAAGAAAACACAGAGAACUUGGAUCUGGGGAUAUUUAUCGCAUCCAUCGUCCCUGAUGGGCCGGCCGACAAAGAUGGUCGUAUAAAACCAGGUGGUCGGCUGAUUUCUCUCAACAAGACCAGUCUGGAGGGCGUGACCUUCAGCUCUGCGGCUGAGAUCAUACAGAGCUGCCCCGAUGACGUGGAGCUCAUCGUCUCCCAGCCCAGACGUACUCCUGCACAUAACCACGCAGGAGCCGUACUUGAACGAAACUACGACUCCCAGACUACGCUGACGGCUGAGUUCCGUCCCAGCGAGGAUGACCCUGACGAGGUCCUGACCGUGGUGAUGACCCCCAGAUCUAGCAGCCGUCUGCCUGUACCCGUGGUUCGAGUAAUGGAUGCACAGGAGUGCUACUCCAGGUCGUCAUCUUUGUCCAGCCUGAAAGAUGAUGAAGUGAUCUCACUGGAGCUGAGGAAGAUUGAUGGUACUUUAGGACUGAGCAUAACUGGGGGCAUCGACACCAAUGUGCGCGACGGUGGGGUCUAUAUUAAAAGUCUUGUGCCAGGAGGAGCUGCUGAACAAAAUGGCCGCAUCCAGAUAGGUGACAGACUGCUGGCGGUGGACAGAGCCAGAAUGAAGGGAGUCACCCACCGGCAGGCUGUGGAGACGCUGAUGAGGACGGGAGAGGUGGUGAACCUGGUUCUGCAGCGGGAGCUACUGGCUGAGCUGUGCUCCAGCCCCGACACGCAGAAUGCCCCGCCUACCCUGCAGGCCCUGCCCGCCCCUCGAAGCCCCCAGACCAUCCAUAUCAGGAAGAUCAGCUGCCCCGCCGUUCCCAUGACGACAUCCUUUUCCAUCAAGGCCAAGGACAACAGCUUCAUGUCGGCGGACAACACGGUGGACGUGAUGGUGAGAAAGAGCCUUAGCGGCCUGGGGUUCAGCUUCAUGAUCUCACCCCUGGACACUCUGGGGGAUUCUGGGACCCUUGUCCAGAUCAAGAGGCUUUUCCCGGGCCAGCCGGCAGAGGAGUCGGGGCUGAUCCAGGAAGGAGACAUCAUCUUAGCCGUCAAUGGCCAGCCCCUCAGGGACAUGUCCUAUCAGAAAGUUCUCCACCUUUUGAGGGGAGUCCAGUCCGACGUCAGGCUGACCCUGUGUCGCCCUGCUGUGGGCAACCAUAUCAGGAGCCCUGCUUCCCUGGUGAGGGAAACCAGGUCAAUGUCGCUCGACGUGCGGCCAAACUAUGUCAUUCCGCGCGGGAGCACAGGCUUCUCCGUGAAACGGGCCCAAGACACAGCUCCGAGAUGAGCGCUGACCUCCCCUGCCCCCCUCCCCAAAAAAAGAGGAAGAGGAACACAAACAAGAGCCCCAAGAGCCUCAGGAGGAGGCAGACAGUGGUGAUGGUGGAGCGACCAUGGGGAACUAAGA